AUGUCCGCUUUUAAUCGAUCCCUAGACACACAAUUCAUUAUCCUAGGCUUCCCUGACCUCCAUGGAGUUCACGGCUUGUUUUUCGCCCUUCUGAGUAUUAUUUAUGGCUUCAUUCUUAGUGGUAACGUUCUAGUUAUCACCCUUAUCUGCACUCAUCAUCACCUCCAUGUUCCUCUCUACAUUUUUGUUGCAAUACUUUCCUUCCUGGAAAUCUGGUACACAGGAGUCACUGUGCCGAAGAUGUUGUUAAACUUGCUGAAUAAUAAGACAAUUUCAUAUGUUGGAUGUCUUCUCCAAAUCUACUUUCUUCAUUGUUUGGGUAUCACGGAAACUUAUCUUCUAACAGCCAUGGCCUACGAUCGCUACUUGGCCAUAUGCAACCCAUUAAGAUACCCAUCCAUAAUGACUUAUAGUAACUGUUUUCAUUUGGCCGCAUGUUGUUGGAUUGUAGGUUUGUUUGGGCCGUUGACUCAGAUCAUCUUGUUGUCUCAGCUUUCCUUUUGUGGUUCGAAGAUGAUUGAACAUAUCUUCUGUGACUUCACUCCGCUGAUGAACCUGGCAUGUUCUGACACAUCACUCAACGUCACCGUUGACUUCUCCAUCAACUUCUUCCUUUUUUUCUUGGCCUUCAUAUGCAUUAUCAUGUCCUACAUCAAAAUAAUUUCUGCUGUUUUGAAAAUAAAGACAUCGGAAGGCUGGAGAAAGGCUUUCUCUACCUGUGGUGCCCACCUCACUGUUGUUCUGCUUUUCUUCGGCAGUGUAGGUUUUAUGUAUGUCAGAUUGAACAGCAAUAAUUCGGUGAACUAUGAUCGUGUGAUGGCCGUCAUCUACUCAGUUUUAACACCAAUGUGUAAUCCAAUCAUCUAUAGCCUGAGGAAUUUUGAGAUAAGAGAGAUAUUGAGGAAGAAGAUCAUUAAAGGGCCUCUAAUUGUUGGUAGAUGUGGAUGCCAACCAAAUGUUGGAUCUGCCCCAUAUGCCAAAUACUCAAGUUUCCCAUUACCGUGUACCCUUGGGAGUCUGAGACUCUACAUAAGCUCCUUGGUACGUCAGUACAAACAGAUAUCGAGAUGGCUGAGCAAGAGGAAUGCUGUGUAUUUCUUUACUGAACUCAGUAGCGGGAAAUUCCUACAUGAUCUUUGA